UGUGGUGUGAGUUCUUCUUUUGUGGUUUACUUGCAGUAAGUAACAAGUUCAUUCUGUUUUCCUGAGCGACGGACACUAACACUUACACCUUCAGAGAGCAGGGAAGAUCUUACAGAGUGGCUGCAACAUCUUGCAGGAAAGUAUAGAGGAAAAGAGCGAGACUGAGGUGAAUAGAUUCUCCCAACCGGUAUCAAGUUCUGGUAUUAUUUCACAAAAGAUGUGAACAGAUUGGAAAGAUUAGCGCGCCGCAUCAUUUGCCUCCCGACGCCGACGAGCAGCGCGCGGCCUGACGUGAGACGAUGCCCUUUCGCAGCGGUCCGGUACGGGGCAUAUCAUACAGAAAAGUAGUACAACACUCACACUGAUUCUGACCAGGUCACCGAGCAUUUGCAUUUCUAUCCCAAGCGCAACAUCAGCUGAGUAGAGGCUGUUGUCUCACUCCCGCAUCGCGGAGUGAACAAGAAACCACAGAGGACAAUCAACGGGAUAUUAAACAUUGUGUGAUCACAAUUACUUUUCCAUAUGAUAGGGAAACGAAGUCGCGCAGUGGAGCUGCGUCGAUGUCGCAGAGUGGCUGAGAAGCCUGGAAUUACCGCAGCAUGCGCUGGCGUUUCAAGAAGUGGGCAUCGACGGCCCGACGCUCUUGCAGCUGACACAGCAGGAUAUCAAGGAGCAAUUUGAAGGCCUGUAAGAGCUGCAUAAAAAUUGAUGUUGUCUUUUUUUCUAUUUGGGAAGAAAGGUAGAGGUAUCUAUGUCGUGAUUGUUCCUCCAGACUUUCACUUGGCUGAACCUGAGUCCAAGCGCUCAAAGAAACAACAAAAAAAACUAAACAGCGUGCCCGGAUUGCAGGGAUGGAUUGCAUCCAAGAAGAUUGCGGGACACAUCAACAUAUUUAAGCUUCACCUAGGGCAGGAGUCGGUACUUGAGCUUGUUUAUCGCUCAUAUUUCUAGUUCCACCUUGCUGAUGCUGUUUCUCUGCAAUCACGAGCAGAAAAGAUAAGGACCAUACUGCGAAAUCAUAUUUAUCAGACUGAAAAUGAAAAUCACCACAGAGCCUUGCGGAGCUGGAGAUGUCAGCCAUAUCCUCCCUACGUGGCCGGAGCCCAGUGCCACCAGUAAACACUAGGCCACGACUACGCAAAAAAAAAGUUGUGCCUGUGGUUGCGUAUCGUUUUUGGAGCAACAGUUCGGCCAGUAUGCUCGGCAUAAGUAAUUGACUCGCGUCAGAUGGGGGCUGCAUGAAACAUUCAGAAACUCGGCUUUCGGUCCACAGCGAGUGAUACCGUCAACGCCAUGCAUGUCCUGCAAUACCAGACGCAGAUACAACUUUUUUUCUUGCAUAGCGACCAGCCACUGCGGACGAAAUCAAGAAAGCAUCGCACUCGUACAGACUAUAUAUAUUGUUUCUGCUUCAAACGCACUGGGCCUUGGUGCUAAGAAUGAAGAAAGUGCAAUAGAUUAAGACGAUCUACCGCUUGCAAGAGUAGUGGCACCUCAUGAAGAUUGCAAGCACAUUCAGCACAAUCGUUCCACAAAAGCUACAAACCUGUUUGCGAAUUGUCACACAGAACAACCGCGUCGAGCAAUAACAACGCCGUCUCCUCUGGCUCGGGGUCCGCUCGUAUUAUCAGGAAAAAGCUGCCCGCCCCAAACUGUCAUGCGGGAUUUCCUGUCAGAGACAGAGUCAGCACAGAUUUUCUGUACAGCUCGCUCCCGGAUGAUCGCCCAGAAAAAGUGUAGGCUCUAUCAUUUUGCUGUCAUGCUGCCCUCUCAAGCGAUUCACGUUUCUUAUAUUCUGCAAUGCGAAAUUGACGAUUUGCAUUUGAGGACGUAGUGCAGUUUCUGCGUGCGGCCGGGGGCUUUUUGUCGCUCUGAUAGCAGGAAGUAUGCACACACGCCGAAGCUCGCGACCACGGACCGCAAACGCAGGUAGUUCAUCUGAGAAACAAGGAAACCCUGGUCGUUCUUUUCAACGCUUUGGUUGUUGUAGCUUCAAGGUUCUUUUCCGCCGUACGCUGAUGUAGCAAGAGACAAGGUUGAGUACGUAGUCUAAGAACUUAGUAUCCACUUCCACUACCCGAGCGGCGAGCACGGGAAAAAACCAAUGUAAAACAGCCUCCCUGUCGCAGCUCUCCAUGGAUCCAGUGGACACAAGCGAUGUUAUCACGAAGAGAAUAUCCUCCUCCCGAUGCUCAAAAAAGAACGUGUCUUGCAUGAUUUCGGGUCCCUGCAGGUGCCAUACACAAAUAUUCUGAAGGCAGAACAGAUCCAUCUGAUGUCUGCGCAGCUGUGCAACAGCGUAGCUGUUUGGCAUAUGGUAAAGAGUCUUUAGAUUUAUUUGCAGUGCGGAGCAGUGAUAGAAAUUGAAAUGCACCACAGGCUCAGGCAAGCGCUAUGGGAUUCCAUCGGAGCAUGGGGAGGAGAUUUCUUUCCCCGUGAUGGAUGUGAUGCUCCAUACGCAGCGCUCGCAAAGUUUUUUGACGGAACAGAUGAGCACCUUCGAUUUGCGGCGAAGAAGCCGUACUGCGUGUUUUCGUUAACAGUAUUAGACUCUGCUUUGGUUAUUACUGCAUUUUCUCUGACCAACCAGCGUGUAGUGUCUAUGUCUAUGAGUAUCAAGAUCACACUCAUUACACAGAUAAGGGCACCAUGAGCCAGGCCAAGCGGAAUGUUUCGGAGGGUCUCUAUCUCCGCGGUGCCGCUUCCCCCGGCGUCUGCCGGUACGAUGUGCAUAUUCCCGAUGCGAAGAGCCGUCGAGGCGGAGUGAUGAGCAGAGCCCCGAGAUUCGAGCAGAAGCGACCGCAUCUAGUGCACGCAGAAAGACCACCACCGGGGCCUCAAAGCUACGUGCCGAACUUUCUCGCGAAAAGUAGAGCGGUGAGAUAAAGUAACUUCGUCGCGGAGGAAAGUCAAAGAAACGGAAUUUGCGAACUUGCUGCAUUCCCAAUGUAAGAUCUAGUUUCAGUGAAGUCUCUGGCCGACUUGAUUUUAGUCUUUUACCACAAACAUAUUCCAGAUGGACAAUGAAUUCAGGGAAUCAAUUUCCGACCUUAGGUGUACUUAUCUGAUCAUUUGCAUUUUCAACUGAUAGAUAAAUUGAUGAAACCGAUAACCUUAUUUCAAUGACACCAAAAAUGAACCAAGAGAUGUUGACUCUUCGUGACAAUGAAUCAAUGUUGCAUACUAGGACGAGUCGGGCACGGGCGUUUAGACUCUUUCACUUUCCAUCUUCAAACAGACAGGGCGUCAGGGCAAAAGCAUGCCCUGACAUGUGAGCUUUUGAUCUUUCACGGUACGGAAAUCCACACUGUAUAAUGGGCACUGCUGCGUUAGCGGCGGACAGUAGAGCAUUGUAUCUAGACAUGAGGGGCAUUCCUGCUGUAAUCGUUUGUAUAGUACAGGUGCAGU